UCUGGACUCUCAUACGGUCACAGGUAAUCUCAACUACACCUUAGGACUCAUAAAGCAUGGUUUUCUCCGUCACUGUUUUGCCCGCGAUCGUGUUUAUGUAAUACCACAUCCAAUUGUUGUCAAUCUUGACAAUAUGUACAUUGGCGCGCGCAAUACAAUCCGCGGUAGUCUUAUCCGACUCCACAAUCUGAAGAUGAUAAUGAGCAACAAAGUGUUUUACGCGUUGAUGAAAUAUCAAAUGCACUAGCUUCCGGAUGCAAUCUUGUAACAUACAUGAAGCUCAGAGCCCUAGCUCUAACCGACGUACCAAGUAGGUGCGAUUCGGGUGGACUCGAGAGGCCUAGAGAUGUAACGGAUCUUCCGAUCCCCACACCCUUCGCCUUUGCUAUCCAACAGCUGGGCAUUGUAAAAAGUGCUGACUUACAAUAUGAUUUGAAAGUCGUACCCUGCAAGCCACAGACGGGAUUUAGAUUCGGCCAACCCACAGGCACUCUCUGGAACCCUAACGCUUAUCAACAAGCGGUUGAGUUUGCAAGAAACCUUGGUAUGCGAUUCACAAUCGUUGAUACCACUGUCAAAGAAGGCACUGCUUGGUGGCUAUUUCAGCAAGACUACGCAGAAGAUGUCUUUCAGCUAACCUGCCCUUAUCCAGAAACCAACUUCACAGAAAUGAUGACGCUGCCUCACUCGCUGUAUCUUAACAAUGAAGGACCCAACCCAUCGAACCCAAUCUCCGACCUCACCGGCGCCCCACACACUGGAAAUUUCGGCAUCAUGAUGCAGUCUCCACACCAUGGAAUCAACAUCUCUACAUUUAAAGCCAUCUCCGACACAACCAACGAUUAAUGCACUAAUUUUUGAGAAUUUAUGCUUUAUUUUGACAAUGGUAUUAAGUUGUUUAGUUUUGUAGUCCGAUUAAACUCUUGAUUCGGACUUGAAUUGAAAUGUUAAUUUAUGU